ACCCCCAAAUUUCGGUUAAGCAAUUGGGCGUCGCGUGUCCACGUCUUCCGCGUCGCUUUUCCUUCGCCCCUUUCCUAGGGUUUCCCGACUCGUGUUGCUCCGCGGCCGCCCAACUCCGUCGCCCUCCGAUCGGCUUCGGGGACCUCUUCCGCUGCCGACCCUUUCGACCUACCCGCGUAAGUGAUCUCAAAGAGUAGCAAUGGAAGUCACCCAGAUUCUGUUGAAUGCACAAUCGGUGGAUGGUACAGUCCGAAAACAUGCAGAAGAAAGUCUGAAACAGUUUCAGGAGCAAAACUUCCCUACAUUUUUGCUAUCUCUUUCUAGUGAGCUAGCAAACAAUGAUAAGCCUGUUGACAGCCGUAAGUUAGCCGGUUUGAUCCUCAAAAAUGCUCUUGAUGCGAAGGAGCAGCAUAGGAAAAAUGAGCUUGUUCAAAGAUGGUUGUCUUUAGAUGUGGCUGUCAAAGCCCAGGUCAAAGCUUGCUUGCUUCAGACCCUUUCUUCUCCUGUUCCUGAUGCUAGAUCUACUGCAUCCCAAGUCAUUGCUAAGAUUGCUGGAAUUGAACUACCACAGAAACAGUGGCCUGAACUGAUAGGCUCUCUAUUAUCGAACAUACACCAGCUUCAGCCUCAUGUGAAGCAGGCCACACUUGAAACUCUUGGCUACAUAUGUGAGGAAGUUUCUCCACAAGUUGUUGAUCAAGACCAGGUCAACAAGAUACUCACUGCUGUUGUUCAGGGUAUGAAUGCUUCUGAGGGGAGUACAGAUGUCAGGCUAGCUGCUACUCGAGCAUUGUAUAAUGCUUUGGGAUUUGCACAGGCAAAUUUCUCCAAUGACAUGGAGAGAGAUUAUAUAAUGCGAGUGGUUUGUGAAGCUACCUUGUGCCCGGAGUUGAAGAUACGGCAGGCUGCAUUUGAGUGUUUGGUAGCCAUCUCGUCUACCUACUAUGACAAGCUUGCAUCGUACAUGCAGGACAUAUUUAGUAUUACAGCAAAAGCUGUGAGAGAAGAUGAGGAGCCUGUUGCUCUUCAAGCUAUAGAGUUCUGGAGUUCAAUUUGUGAUGAGGAAAUCGACAUUUUGGAUGAAUAUGGUGGUGACUUUACUGCUGAUUCUGACAUCCCUUGCUAUUAUUUCAUCAAGCAAGCACUGCCUGCUUUAAUUCCUAUGCUAUUGGAGACUCUUCUCAAGCAGGAAGAGGAUCAAGAUCAGGAUGAAGGGGCUUGGAACCUUGCAAUGGCUGGAGGAACAUGCUUGGGUUUGGUUGCACGCACAGUUGGAGAUGACAUAGUGCCUCUUGUAAUGCCUUUCAUUGAAGAGAACAUAAACAAACCAGAUUGGAGGCAGAGAGAGGCAGCGACAUAUGCAUUUGGUUCAAUUUUGGAGGGUCCAUCGCCUGAAAAACUCAUUCCUCUAGUCAAUGUUGCCCUAAACUUUAUGCUCAGUGCCUUGAUGAAAGAUCCAAAUAACCAUGUCAAGGACACUACGGCAUGGACACUAGGGAGAAUAUUUGAGUUUCUUCAUGGGUCAACCGUAGAAACACCUAUCAUAACACAUGAGAACUGCCAGCUGAUCCUGACAGUCCUCCUUCAGAGCAUGAAAGAUGUUCCUAAUGUUGCUGAAAAAGCAUGUGGUGCUCUCUACUUUCUUGCUCAAGGUUAUGAAGAUGUUAGUUCAGGAUCGCCGAUGUCCCCUUUGUUCCAAGAGCUUAUCCAAGCUCUCCUCAAUGUUACACACAGGGAAGAUGCUAGAGAAUCCCGCUUGAGGACAGCAGCUUAUGAGACAUUGAAUGAAGUUGUUAGAACUUCAACUGAUGAGACAGCACCAAUAGUAACACAGUUGCUUCCAGUCAUCAUGAUGGAGCUUCAUCAGACUCUUGAGGCACAGAAGCUGUCAUCAGAUGAGAGAGAGAAGCAGAAUGAACUGCAGGGCCUCCUCUGUGGAUGCUUGCAGGUUAUCAUCCAGAAGUUGGGAGCAUCCGAGGCAACGAAGUAUGCAUUUAUGCAGUAUGCUGACCAGAUAAUGGAACCCUUUCUCAGGGUUUUUGCUAGCCGAAAUGCUACAGUGCAUGAAGAGGCUAUGCUUGCAGUUGGUGCUCUAGCAUAUGCCGUCGGGGGAAAUUUCAUAAAAUACAUGCAAGGUUUCUAUCCAUAUUUAGAAAUGGGUCUUCAGAACUUUCAGGAGUAUCAAGUCUGUGCUAUCACUGUUGGUGUGGUUGGAGAUUUAUGCAGGGCAUUGGAGGACAAGAUACUGCCUUACUGUGAUGGAAUCAUGACACAACUCCUGAAGGAUCUAUCUAGUAAUCAGUUGCAUAGAUCUGUUAAGCCACCAAUAUUUUCAUGCCUUGGUGAUAUUGCUUUGGCAACAGGGGAAAAUUUUGAGAAAUACUUGAUCUAUGCCAUGCCUAUGCUCCAGAGUGCAGCAGAACUAUCUGCACAUGCUGUUGCAACUGAUGAUGAAAUGCUGGAAUACACCAAUCAACUUAGAAAUGGUAUUUUGGAGGCAUACUCUGGGAUAUUGCAAGGAUUUAAAAAUAGUUCAAAGACCCAGCUCCUGAUGCGUUAUGCACCUCACAUCCUUCAAUUCCUUGAUACAUUGUACAAUGAAAAGGACAUGGAUGAUGCAGUGAUGAAGACUGCAGUGGGCGUCCUGGGUGAUUUAGCUGAUACGCUGGGUAGCCAUGCUGGUACCUUAAUAAAUCAGUCUGUUGCAAGCAAAGAAUUUUUGGAAGAAUGCUUAUCAUCAGAUGAUCAAUUGAUAAAAGAAUCUGCUGAUUGGGCUAAGUUGGCCAUUAGUCGGGCAAUCUCUGGUUAAUGGUAAAUUUUGGUGCUUCACAAGUCUUUAUAUGCAUAGCAGUCAUGUCAAGUCUGGUCUGGGUUGCAUAAACGUGUUUUGUCAUUACCAGUUUGCACAAAGCAUUUCUUUCUGGGCAAGUGUCGCAUGGGCUGUCGGUUAGUUUAUGAAUGAGCACCAUGGAUUGGGUUCUGCUCAUUUCAGUGGGGACUUGGGUAGAGAUGACCCAUCUGCCAGUUCAAAUUCUUGCUUGCAGAAAAUCUAAAGGGCGCUGCAUCUUUGUCCUUGGUAGUACAUUCAUGAUGUGCAUCACAUUAUGUCAAUGCCAUUCUUCUGCAGCAGGCAAGCAAAAUUAUGAUGUCUGGAGUGUAUGAUGCCUGGAAGCAAAAGUGGUUGUAGUCUGAGAAUCAUGUUUCAUGUUAUUUAUUGCCACCAAGUCUGCCCGGCACCUUUCCCUUUUUGUUUUUUGGGUUUUGAUUUUUUUUCUUUUGGGGAUUUUGGCAUAGAUCUUGCAUUUUUGUGGAGUUUCACUGCAUUUCAUCAUCCUCCUUUGAAGCCAUUGUAGAGGUUACAGUAUGUGGCCUUCAUUUAUGCACCCCAACAUGGAAUUCUUUUAUAUUCUGUCAGUAAGUUUAUCAGAUAUACAGAUGUCGUAGCAUUCAUUUGCAAUGCCACUGAAUUUUUUUGGAUAAUGGUCACAGUGGUCACACCUUCAAGUG